AGCCCUGUUCCAUAUUGUGAAUGGUCCAAAUGAAAUGUUAAAACCACAAUUGUGAUCCUACUGUAUUUUAUUGUAUCAAAAUGGCGACAGUCAUUCAGAAUCCUUUAAAAUCGCUGGGCGAGGACUUCUACCGCGAGGCCAUCGAGCACUGCCGCAGCUACAAUGCGCGACUGUGCGCCGAACGCAGCAUGCGGCUACCAUUCCUGGAUUCCCAGACUGGAGUCGCACAGAACAACUGUUACAUCUGGAUGGAGAAGACACACAGAGGCCCAGGAUUGGCCCCGGGACAGUUGUACACCUACCCAGCUCGAUGCUGGCGGAAGAAGAGACGCUUAAAUAUCCUGGAAGACCCAAGGCUGAGACCCUGUGAGAUUAAACUUGAUACCGAGGUGGCCCUGAAGAAGGAGGGCCUGCUGCCUGAGGGCCCGGCCUUGGAAGCCCUGCUGUGCGCAGAUGCGGCAGAGAAGAAGGCGGAGAUGAAAGACGAGGAGAGCAUCAGCGAAUGUCAGAGGAUCUUAGCGAGUGACUUCCCUCAUGAGAUUGAGGCUGAAGACCUGGAGGAAGACACGCCAAAGCGGAAAAAUAAAACCAAAGGAAGGACUUGUGGCAUCGGAGGGAUGCGCAAGAGGCAAGAACCAACGUCAUUGGAGGAUCGAGACAAGCCAUACGUCUGUGACAUCUGUGGUAAACGGUACAAGAACAGACCUGGCCUGAGCUACCACUACACUCACACCCACCUGGCAGAGGAAGAGGGUGAGGAUGAGCUGGAGCGACACACUCUGCCCUUCCAUCGAAAGAACAACCACAAACCUAGGAAAGCUCCCGAUGGGACCAUCAUUCCGAACACCUAUUGCGAUUUCUGCCUGGGCGGGAUUUCUGGAAAUAAGAAGACCGGGUGUCCCGAGGAUCUAAUGUCCUGUGCAGAUUGUGGACGCUCAGGUCACCCGUCCUGUCUGCAGUUCACCGUGAACAUGACGGCUGCGGUGAGGACCUACCGCUGGCAGUGCAUCGAGUGCAAAUCCUGCAGCAUCUGUGGCACCUCGGAGAACGAUGAUCAGUUACUGUUCUGCGAUGAUUGUGAUCGAGGAUAUCACAUGUACUGCCUGAACCCACCAAUGUCUGAACCUCCUGAAGGCAGCUGGAGCUGUCAUUUGUGUUUACAACAGUUGAAAGAGAAAGCGUCUGCCUACAUCACGUUGACCUAAAAGCUGACAUUGUCAUUGGUGCGUCGGCACCAGUGACCCUGAGGUUCUGCUCAUCCAGCUCAGAAAGGUGACCAGGUUCCCAAAACUGGGCACCAAAACCUUGUAAGAUUGUGACCCCUUGAUUCGGAGAGGUCAGAAAGCUGCUACUUGGGGCAAUUUCUAUCCUUGAAGUGCGAUUGCAGACAGGAAAUGAAGUGUUCUACACGCAACGAGGGUGAUUUUUUUAAAGAAAUUGCGUUGCAAAGCAAAUGCCCUCGGCAUCAAACAUUGUGUAGAGAGACAAUUGCAAAGUGAACCCCAGCCGCUGAGGAUACUGCCGUGCUCCAAUCGAUUUGAUCUCAGCCUCAAGUAGGCAGCACAUAGUUGUCAGUGACCCACUUAUUGAACAAACCUGAUAACACCACUCUCUCGGUCAGGUUUUCGCAUGUUCUAUUGGUGUUGUUUCCAAGAGUGAGAGCCAGUGAAAGGAACUAGAUCGUCUAACCCCUUCGAUUAAGAAAAAAAGAGUUGUUUCUUGUAAAAAGGAAGUGCAUGUUGUGAUAUACAUGUGAUUGUGCUUUCAUCUGGCACUACCCUCCCCUCCUCUUCCUCCUCCUCCUCGAAGGACCAGUGUCAGAUUGGAUUGCAUUAAGUUGGUCCAAUCCCUGUACAACAGACUGGAGCGUGGAGGUUGAAGUCAGCAACAUGGAACAAAAAGGCCAGUUGGUGCUUUGGUGUAUUAGAGGCUAGUCUGCCCUGAGCCUCCUGUCUGUCCUCAGAGUGUUCAACCUGAUUUCUCCAGCUCCUGGAACACACUGCCCUCUCCAUCAGAAGCUCAGUCCCUGACAAGAAACGAAAGGCGCAUUCCACAGCGCCACACCAGAGGUUCCAGCUUACUCCAGAGUACACACUGGCACUGUAGGAUGCUGGCUAGUUUGGACUUACUGUUGGGAAGGCCUGGAUGGAGUGCUCAAGGUUUUCAUCCUCUGUUCAUGUUGUCAGUGUACAUUAUGCUAUCCUUGGGACUAUUUAUAGAAAUGAGUGUCUACAUAGAUGUGUGUGUGAGUGUGAGAGAGAGUGUGUGUAUACAUGCGUGUGUGUGUUCAUACGUGUGUGCCUGAACUGGGACCGAGGACCACCUGAUUGGUUAACACUGUCCUUAAAGCUGGGAGCCCUCAUCCCUGGUAUUCACCCAGUCAAUCUUCAUAGCUUUAACCUGCCCCCCCGCCCUCUGCCCCUUCCCUACCUGACUCCUGUCCAUCAUGAAAUGCCCUAAGGUUUAGAAGAAAUGUUUAAUACAUUUCCACAAAGUGAUUGGCUGACACUCCAGGCCUAGCAAUGGUUUGAAGCUCAGUAACAACAGCUUACAUUUGUAUAGCACUUCUAAUGUGAUAAAAACACCUCACCCCACAGAGGCUGGGAUUGAACCCGGGUCCCUGGUGCUGUGAGGCAGCAGCGCUAACCCCUGAGCCACCGUGCCACCCAGAGCAACAGGGACAACUGACGGUGGUUUAACCUGAGGGUCGCCACACCUCAUGCAAGGGGAAGACAAUGAGAGGGAGAGUUCUUCAUCGUAAUCUCAGCCAGUGUGGGAAACGUACCCGUGCUGUUGAAGUUACUGUACAUCACAAACCAGCUGUCCAGCCAACUGAGCUACUCUCAUUGGUGCACCAGGCUUGCCUUUCUGAAGAAGGGUCUAGGCCUGAAAUGUCAGCUUUCCUGCUCCUCUGAUGCUGCUGGGCCUGCUCUGUCCAUCCAGCUCUACACCUUGUUAUCACAGAUUCUCCAGCAUCGGCAGUUCCGCAGGUUCGUUGUCUAAAAAUAAAUUGGGAUGGGGAGGAGUGGGGGACGAUUAAAGAGAGUAUCUGAAAAAGAGGAGAAAAAUGGAAGAAGAAUUUAAGGAGUGGGCUCCAGAGAUUAGAGAUUGAAGCCUGCAAGGGUGGAAUUAUCAGAGUGUGGAGGUCCCAGAGGCUUGUGGGUCUGAGGGAGGAUCACAGAGAUAGGGAGGGGUGAGGAAGUCGUGGGAUUGGGAAACGAGGAGGGGAAUUUUAAUAAUUGAGGCAGCAUUUGCUAGGGACUUGGGCAGCAACUUUAGAUAGGCUCAGGUAUAGAGAGAGAGGGACGAGGCAGGGGCUUGAACAAUGAAUCUUGGAACAAAUUGGUCUGGAGGCUACCACGGAUGUGAGUUACAGGAGUAGAUGGACUGAGGCAGCAAGAGAGACAGAAUUAGCUUACAGUGUUAUUUGAAAUCUCUUUUCGCUUUCCUCCCACCACCCCCCCACCCCGCCCCGCAGUAUGUCAAAUCGACGCUGGUCGUGUUACAUUGCUGUGCUAUCAAUUUACAAUUUGUACAUUGGGCUGUUGUGAAUCAUGGUGCUGAGAGAUUAAGUUGUUCUGAACCUAAUGCUGCUACAUCUGAAACUGGCCAAUUCUCACUCACUGUUACCUCCUAUAUGCUGUUUUCCUGCAAUGUGUUAGUGGUAUGUCUCUGCUGUUAACUCACUGAUAGUGAUUUGUAUUUGUGUAGGAUGAAUGGUGUGUACAUCUUUUUUUUUAAAAGUUUUAGAUCCAUCACAGCUAACUGGGGAAAUAUAUCACUUUAUUUACACUGCCUCGUUACUUGGUCGGCUCUCUAUAGGUCAGGUAAAGUCACCGUAACUCACAGAAGCUGCUGUUUUUCUAGAAAGAGAGAGACACACACUUCAAACUUCAAAACGAAUCCCUAAGUGUGGAAAGAGGCCAUUCAGCCCAACAAGUUCACACCACCCCUUUGAAGGGCAUCCUACCCAGACCCAUUCCCCUUGUCUAACCCACCUAACCUAAACACCCCUGGGCACUAUCCUAUAGCCAAUCCCCCUUAACCUGCAUAUCUUUGGCCUGUGGGAGGAAACCAGAGCACCCAGGGAGACCCACACAGAAUGCGCAGACUCCACACAGACAGCCACCCGACGGUGGAAUUGAACCCGGGUCCCUGGUGCUGUGAGGCAGCAGCGCUAACCCCUGAGCCACCGUGCUACCCACAGCAACAGGGACAAGUGACGGUGGUUUAACCUGAGGGUCACCACACCUCAGGCAAGGGGAAGACAAUGAGAGGGAGAGUUCUUCAUCGUAAUCUCAGCCAGUGUGGGAAACGUACCCGUGCUGUUGAAGUUACUGUACAUCACAAACCAGCUGUCCAGCCAACUGAGCUACCCUCAUUGGUGCACCAGGCUUGCCUUCCCUGCAGAUCACAAAAGAGCUAAAUGAAUUCACUCCUGUGUUGUUGGAUUUCAACUGGCCUCAGUCAUCUCUCUCUCUCUCUCUAUCUCUCUCCAUGGAUACUGCCAGACUUGCUGCGUUUCUCCAGCAAUCUCUGUUUUUAUUAUUAAUGUGAAGGGCCCCUCAUCAGAGAGAGAGAGAAAAAGAAUUAAUUGAGUCUGGAAUGACACUUCUUUGGAAUUCAGAACAGACAUUUAUCACAUUUCUGAAAAAAACUCGAAAUGCAAACUCUGUUUCUGAUGCUUUUAUUAAAAGUUUACUGCCUUUGCGGUGUCUUGCUUCAACGUGAGUGUGCUUCCCAUUGUCUAGCUGCAGGGAAAUAUCCCAGAGGAACAGGCAAAUCCCAGCACACAUCAGUCUGAUAUGUCAUGAAUAUUCAGACCUAAGGUCCCAUGUGACCAGUACAUUCAUUUCCCAUGUAAUCUGUAUGGGCUUUACUGUCUGUGUGACUAACACAUCCUCCUUGUCUUCUUCUGCAAGGCUUUGUUUGUGGGAUGUCAGCAGAGGUAUCCCGGCUUCUCCCAGCUCCCAAACAUUGCCCCAGCCCAUUGCAGUGAUCUUUGCUUGGAUCUUUUGGAUGGCCAACUUUGGAUCGACGGAUCCCCUGAUAUUGGUGUUACUUCCCCUCCGAAGGUGCAGCUGAUUCAUACACCUUCUCUUCACUGAGCUCUUACAGUGUGAGAUCGUAGAGCAACUCAUCCGUGCUGACCUGAUAUCCUAAAUUAACCUAAUCCCAUUUGCCAGCAUUUGGCCUAUAUCCCUCUAAACCCUUCCUGUCCGUGUCCCCAUCCAGAUGCCUUUUAAAUGCUGUAAUUGUAUCAGCCCCCACCACUUCCUCUGGCAGCUCGUCCCACACACGCACCACCCUCUGCGUGAAAAGGUUGCCUCUCAGGUCACUUUUAAUUCUUUCCUCCUCACCUUAAACCUAUGCCCCUCUAGUUUUGGACUGUCCUACCCUGAGGCAAAUACCUUGAUUAUUCACCCUAUCCAUGCGCCUCAUGAUUUUAUAAACCCCUCAGCCCCUGACGCUCCGGGGAAAAUAGCCCCAGCCUAUUCAGCCUCUCCCUGUAGCUCAAACCCCCCAACCUCAGCAACGUCCUUGUAAAUCUUUUCUGCACCCUUUCAAGUUUCACAACAAGCGACUGUCCAGAUGUUGAAUAAGAUCGAAGAUGCCGGUGCUAACCUACAUCUGGAUUUGGUUUUCCAAAGUGACCCAAUUUUGGGAAUCAGACACACACACACACAUUUGGGGUGGGGGAGCUUUGCAGAUGUCACUGUCCCUAACUCUCCCUCAAACUGCACAUCUUGCUCAAGCUUUCUCAGGGGUCAUUUAAGGGGAAACCCUAUCGCCGCAAGUCUGGAGUCACAUAUAGACCGAGUAGCAAGGGCACAUUUCCUUCCCUAGAGGACUGAGGCUAGUUUUCACUUCCAGAGCUUAUUAGUUAAAUUUAAACAGCACCAUCUGCUGUGGGAUGUGAAGUUGUAUUUUCAGGGAGUCUGCCUGGGUUGUUAAUUUAGUGAUUGAUAGUCACUUUCCCGUUUCUCCAAAACAGAGAAGUCAGUUAAUGACGGCAUGCUAGGGCACAUGGUUAUGUUCAAUGGGCCUGGGUGAUUUCAGGAGCAGGGUUCCAUUUACUGUAGCUCAGGGGCGUACCUGGUUCUGUUAGUUACACCCCUCCAAGGUCAAAUUUGCAAUGUGAAGUGCUUGGGAAUCUCUCAACCUUACAACCAGGGACAACGGAGGGGAAGCAGUCUCACUUCAGCCCAGUUCUCACCCAGGACUGGAAGUAAAUCUUGCCUAAUCUGACUGAAUGCCAAGCAAGGAAAAAGCAUGAAAGCGCUUGAGGUGGGGUGAUAGUUUGUUGGGGUGGGGGGGGGUCCCACAUUCUGAUUCCAAGCUGUCCCCCACUAUUAAACCCUCACCACCAUUUUUAUCAUCUCCUGCCAGGGUCCCUUGGCUCAUAAGCCACCCAACCCAAUUUACAGUCAAUGAGGUGCACGCUUGGAAAUGUCAUCACUAUGUUGUGUCUUUGACUUUUCAUACGGCAAGUUGCCUUGAACGGCCCUGUGGUAGUGACCUGCUGAUCUGUUGUAGUGAUGUUGGAUGAGGGAUGGAUACUAGUCAAGGCACUCAGUUCUUUUUCCAGUAGUUUAGUGGGAACUGGUGGGUGGGGAGAGACGGAGACUCAGUUCAACAUCCCUCUCAAAUGCUGUCCCCUCCCAGGAACACUCCUCCUCUCAGUGCUGUGUGUGUGUGUGUGUGUGUGUGUGUGUGUGUGUGUGUGUGUUGGUUAAGAACCUGGGUACUGGGAGAAACCCCUCACCCUCUGCCAUGUCCUGUUCCCUCCGUUAGAAAAAUCCCCCAAAUCUGACAGUGUUCAGGCUUGCUGGAAAUGAAGGAGUUGUAGGGAAAGUUGUGAGGGUAAAAAUAUGAAGAAUCACCACAGGCAAUAUGGUUAAUAUAACAGCAAUUUUAAAAAAAACACAUUAAAACAAAAAUGAGUAAACAAUUGACAAUUGUUGUAAAAAUGUUAAUGUUGUAAAACUGAUUUCAACUUUCUCUGUGUAUGGAAAAUAUGUAAACUUUUUGGACAUGAAAUUGUUCCUUUAUUUUUUAUUUUGACAAGCUCCAGGUGCCUGAAGCAGUGAUGUGUUAUAAGGCAUCACCCCCCAGCAGCAGGGGCUGGGUGAGAGGGAGCGGGUUAUAGCCAACUUCAGGAAGGAAGGGGAACGAGUCCGCAGUCUGAAGUGAUGUCCACUUAUAUCAUCGCAGUAUCCAAACAAGCAGCUCCCUCUGGCCCAAGACAUCUGACUUCAGGACUGUUCCCAAAAUACAAAAACCCAAACCCUCUGGGUUUUCCUUUGCUUUGUUGAACAAUAACUGGGUUUAUUCAUGAUCCCUUGAACCAUAGACUAACCCAACGGUUUAACUUCCUGAUGCUUCACUCACUCUCUGCAACCCACUUGCGUUGACAGGAAAAAGUAGAAGCGAAUGGAUGUGGUGUUAGAGACUUCAUGGAGUGACGGAGUGUGGCCAUUCAGCCCAUCUUGCCUCCCAGCAGGAAGAGAGAUCCCUGGCUGUGGACUGGAGAAUAUGGGGUCACAGCUGAAUGAGAAAAAACUUCUUCUGUCGCACCCCCAUCCCCCAAAGUGGGGUUUGAAAUUCCAACCCGUUCCCCACUCCCUGUGGGCACACAGUCAAUGAGCGUAUCCCAGGCUGAGAUUGAUAGAUAUUUAUACAUCCACAGAGAAUGGGGAUGGUUGUGGAAUCUGGAGACCAGUUACUGCUAGAUGGGGUAGCAGGAUUGGGGGGAGAGAGCUGAAUGGCCUGCCCCUGUUGCUGUAGAGGAUAUGAGACCUUUCAUCGACAGACUGUUCUUCAGCGACCCUGCCCUCUCUCUCUGUGGGAAAGCCCAGCUCACACUUUCCACUCAAUGGCAAGGAUCUAGAACCAGGCUCCUAUGGAAAUCUCAGCUGGAAGGGAGGAUCACUCUAGAUUUCCCUGGAAGCAUCCAGUUGUCCUCACUGACACCAGCAAAAGGGUCUCUAGAUUCUGCUUUGGGGUCUCUUGACACUUCUGGGAUUUACAAAUUCUGCUGGGAGGUUCCAUAAUCUGCUGGGAUUUCCAAACUCUACCGAGGGUCCCCAGAAUCUGCUGGGAUUUCCAAAUUCUGCUGAGGGUCCCCAGAAUCUGCUGGGAUUUCCAAAUUCUGCUGAGGGUCCCCAGAAUCUGCUGGGAUUUCCAAUAUGGUUCUGCUGAGCAUCCCCAGAAUCUGCUGGGAUUUCCAAAUUCUGCUGGGGGUCCGCAAUAGCUGUUAAACUGUAGGAGACCAGUUUGCUCACAAACCUGCAGAAUGUGCCUGGGUUUACGCCCCUGCUCUGAGUAGCCCUAUUCCCCCCUCACUCCCCAGGGGUUGGGGGGGUGGGUGUUUGAGAAAAUGGAACAAAACCAUUUUCUCUUCACUGUUGUGUUUUUUUAAAAAGAAAAUGCCAUAAUAGCAUACUGUAGCUUCAAGUGAUUUUAGCGGGAGAAUGACUGUGCAGGCUGCACUGCCUUUGCUAAUGUUAUUGCUGUAUCUGUGUUGCGUAGAUGAUGUGUCGUUAAACCUCUGUGUGCCA